AAGCAAAUACGCCGCGAUAGUUGUGCGUCAACUUUUGUACAGAAAAGACAUAAAAUACAUACACCCUUUGUAUUCAAAUUAAUUUCAUUCAAUAAACUCGUAACGGGAUUUGUUAACAUACCUGUACGUACAAACAUACGUCCUCAUACGUCAGAAAUGGAUCGUGUUCCAGUGCAACCAAAAUCAUAUCCCACGAAUUUACUACAAAAAGAUUGGACAAAGAGAGCGAUCUAUGAACGCUGCGGCCAAGCGUUCGUCGAUAAAGUGCACGAUAUGGAGGUUAAAGACGAUGACGUUUGGAUUGUAACAUUGCCGAAAUGUGGCACGACGUGGAUGCAAGAACUGUUGUGGUUGGUAAUGAACGAUUUCGAUUUUGAGGCGGCACGCAAUGAGCAUUUGGAAGUGAGAACGCCAUUUUUGGAAUUUGAUUUUCUUAUACACAAGGAUUUGAAUCGCGCACUCGCCCCCGUCGAAGCGCUUAAAUCACCGCGUCUCAUCAAAUCACACAUGCCAUUACCGUUACUACCGCAACAGCUGUGGAGUAAGAAGCCUAAGCUCAUUUACGUUUACCGCAAUCCGAAAGAUUACAUCGUUUCCCGUUAUUAUCACGUUCGCAGUAUCGGCUUCGGAAUGAGCACAACUUUGGAACAAUUCGUUUUGGAGACUUUAGACGAGGAUGCUGAUGUGCCAUCUGAGGAUUUCGAACAUGUUGCAGAAUUUUAUGAAUUACGCAACGAGCCGUGGAUAUUUUAUACCAGUUUUGAGCGCAUGAAAACGAAUUUACGUCAAGUUAUUGAAGAUAUUUGCAAAUUUUUAAAUAAAACCAUAACCGAACAGCAAAUGGAGCAGAUGUUGAAACAUUUGUCAUUCGAGGAGAUGAAGAAAAAUCCAAAAUUAAAUCAUCAUUGGGAAUUCGAGCAGAUACGCGCUAAACAUCAGACAGAACAUGAAAAUCAUAAUUUUGUUCGACGCGGUAAGGCUGGUGGCUAUAAGGACGAGCUAUCAUCAGAUAUUAUUGCCAAAAUGGAUGAGAGAAUCCAGCAGAAUCUUGAUUACUACAAAUUGAGCUUGCAAAAGCUGCUCCUGCUUGAUGAAAACACUCCGUUGUGAAUGAAUUUUUUUACAUAUUAUAAAUAAAUAUACUGAAUUUAUGCAUAUUUUAUA